AGCCUCUUUGAUUAUUUCAAAUAAAGUUACGAAGUAUUAUGUGAUUAUUUGCUAAAAAGAACAUACGUCAGUUAGGUUACACAAACAGAGCCAUAAUCCAUUUUUAAGUUCCUGCAAUGCAUCGAUCACUCGAUGAAGAAUGAUCAGUGACGAGAUUGAUGAUCAAUGUCGCUUGAGAUGGUGCUGAAGAUGAUUGAUGAGCUGAAGGUGGACGGUGUGGACUAGAAUAUCAAGGCAGCACACCUACAUCUGACGAUGAGCCGAGGCCAGGCGAUCGCCCAUUACUUCAGUAACGCCAUCCAGUUCUUAACCAACAACAGUGACGCCCUGGAGGAGAUGGAGAGGAUGGGCUACCCGUCCCAGAAACUGAUGGCCAUCCUCAACCUGACUGAGGAGGACAUAGCCAUCAUCCUCAACAUGAGUCAGAUGCAUGCAAGAGUGAGAAAUCUCACCGAGCCGACAGUCGUGGAGGAAGUACCGCCCUGCUAUUGGUUGAGGGAUGCCACCACCAGCUACCGCCACCUUCACGGCUACAUAGCGCUCCUGGUGUGUGUCUUCGGAACUAUCGCCAAUAUACUGAACGUCGUCGUGCUUACUCGCAAGGAAAUGGCUGCUGCCCCCAUUAACCGGAUAUUGACGGGUAUAGCCGUCGCUGACAUGCUCGUCAUGCUCGACUAUAUACCCUUCGCUACCUACAUGUACAUCAUCAGGCUUCCCAACGAAGCUCCAGACUUCUCCUACUCUGGAGCGCUCUUCGUGUUGUUCCACAUGCACUUCUCACAGCUGCUCCACACCAUCUCAAUCUGCCUCACUCUCACACUCGCUAUAUGGCGGUAUUUGGCCAUAAAGUUCCCCCAGAAAAGCCAGCAGAUCUGCUCGGACCGCAACUGUACUCUGGGUAUCCUCAUGGCGUUUUCUUUGCCGGCGGUCAUCUGCAUCCCCUCCUACCUGGUGUUCAGCGUGAGGUCGACUCAGAUCAGAGAACAUCAGAGGCUCGUCACCCUCUACUUCCUCGGACUGUCCGACCUCGCCAGGGAGAACAACGAGUUCCUGUACAACGUUAACUUCUGGGUGUACGCGGUCGUCAUGAAGCUCCUACCGUGCGUAAUCCUCACCGUUAUCUCGUACAACCUCAUCACAGUCCUCUACGAGGUGAACGAGAGGAAACAGCGGUUGAAGGGCGACAGUGCUCGGCCCUGCAAGGCGGAGAGAAGGGUGGACCGCACUACACGUAUGUUGGUGGCUGUCCUCUUGUUGUUCCUCAUCACGGAGGUUCCUCAAGGAAUCCUGGGCCUACUCAGCGGCAUCCUUGGACGUCGGUUCUUCAAGAACUGUUACCAUCAGUUUGGCGAGGUAAUGGACAUCCUAGCCCUUAUAAAUGGUGCCAUCAACUUCAUUCUCUAUUGCUCCAUGAGUCGCCAGUUCCGAACUACAUUCGGUCAAUUGUUCAAGCCGAAGUUGUUGGCGAAGUGGGUCCCUCCGGAGACGGAAGCUCACACCACCUACGUCUGAAUCCUCAUCAUCUUUCUGUUGGUAAAUACUCAUGCUAAGUGGGUCCCUCCGGAGACGGAAGCUCACACCACCUACGUCUGAAUCCUCAUCUUCUUUCUGUUGGUAAAUACUCUUGCUAAGUGGGUCCCUCCGGAGACGGAAGCUCACACCACCUACGUCUGAAUCCUCAUCUUCUUUCUGUUGGUAAAUACUCUUGCUAAGUGGGUCCCUCCGGAGACGGAAGCUCACACCACCUACGUCUGAAUCCUCAUCUUCUUUCUGUUGGUAAAUACUCUUGCUAAGUGGGUCCCUCCGGAGACGGAAGCUCACACCACCUACGUCUGAAUCCUCAUCUUCUUUCUGUUGGUAAAUACUCUUGCUAAGUGGGUCCCUCCGGAUACGGAAGCUCACACCACCUACGUCUGAAUCCUCAUCUUCUUUCUGUUGGUAAAUACUCUUGCUAAGUGGGUCCCUCCGGAGACGGAACCUCACACCACCUACGUCUGAAUUCUUCUUUCUGUUGGUAAAUACUCUUGCUAAGUGGGUCCCUCCGGAGACGGAACCUCACACCACCUACGUCUGAAUCCUCGUCUUCUUUCUGUUGGUAAAUACUCUUGCUAAGUGGGUCCCUCCGGAGACGGAAGCUCACACCACCUACGUCUGAAUCCUCAUCUUCUUUCUGUUGGUAAAUACUCUUGCUAAGUGGGUCCCACCGGAGACGGAAGCUCACACCACCGUGGGUCUGAAUCCUGAUCUUCUUUCUGUUGGUAAAUACUCUUGCUAAGUGGGUCCCUCCGGAGACGGAAACCUCACACCACCUACGUCUGA